UAAUUCACGUUAUAAUGAUGCUGCUGGGCUUACUGUGUGUGAAAUGUCUGUGUGCCUUAAACAGGAAGGGGAGCAGUUUGUGAAAAAGAUCGGAGGAGUGUUUGCCUUCAAAGUAAAAGACGGUCCAAACGGACAGGAGGCCACCUGGUUUGUGGACGUGAAGAACGGCAAAGGCUGCGUUCACAAUGACACAGAUAAGAAAGCAGAUUGCACCAUUUCCAUGUCAGACACAGACUUGUUGGCCUUGAUGACGGGGAAGAUGAACCCACAGACU